UUCAGAAGAUUCUUCAAUAAAAGUCAUCACGUAAAGUAUAUUUGGUAUAAUCACUUUGCAUUUAUGCAAAAUAAAAUAUCUGCAACACAUUUCUGCUGUAUGAUUUAGUUGUAUACGUCAUAGUGUUGAUACGUCAUUGAAGAGUGACGUCAGAACUCCAUACGUCAUUUUAAAGAAAGACGUGACGUCAUUGGGACUGUUGUGUGUAUAUACCUCUAGUUGGAAGUCGAAAUUAUUUAAUAUCAGCUUAUGUAAGUAUAAUAAACCUUGCUCCUAGUCUUGCCAACUUUAACAGUGCGCCAACUCACGAAAAGAAAUUUGGUAAAAAGUACCUUACCGUUAUAGCCGUGUCACUUUCAACGGUGCGUCAGUUCACGACCAAGAAUUUGUUUAAAAGUUGCAACGUUUCAAAUAUAUUGCAGCAAGGUGCCAGAACUGCUAUGCUAUGUAACAUUAGAAACCAUGAUUUUCGUUUUCAUUGCUGUCCUUGCUGUCGUGGAGGUUAGAGCUAUAAAUGGAACCUGGCACAAACUUGGACAAGAGGAAUAUUUUAUUUCAACAUCUACAGUUGUCGGUAUCAACGGCGCCAGUGCUGAGUGUCAGAAGUUAAACGGAAGUCUUGUCAUAGUUAAGAACAACGAAACUCAAUUGUUUUUGGUGCGAAGUAUAGGGCAGGUAACUGAGUUUCCAUAUGCUUUUUACAUCGGCUUGCGACGUUUUAAAAACAGCAGUGACGGAUUUGUGUGGGACGACGGGACACUGAUCAGCAGCUCUGGCGAAACUUAUUGGUAUCGUGGGGAACCGAAUUACUACAAGGACCAGAACGAGAGUUGCGUGUCUAUGGGUUAUCGGAACAGUAUGAUUUCCCCAUUUUUUAACUGGAAUGAUUACAGCUGCGGGCUUGCGAUGCGAAUAAUUUGUCAAAGAUGUUCGGCCAGGCAGGAUGGCCUACCAAUUUACGCGUAUGCAUGUAAUAAUGUUGUUGGUGGUGGACGAAUGAAGAGCUCCGUUAUCUACAUCAUUAUUGGGUGUGUCGUAGCUUCUAUCUUCGUCGUACUUCUAGUGAUUUGUUUCUGCUGGAAAAUGCGAAAAAGAAUAAACGAGGCGACGGAACUUUCUAAGAAUAUUUACGAGACCCCGAUUCGUGGAGAACUAGUGCCAGAAGUAGUGUACCACGUCGUAGGUGAAAACUUCAGCCGUCCUACUGCUUACGAUGAUUCCGGAUACGUUAAGAUGUUUACUUUGAUGCAAACGAAAGCUUCAUAGUGUGUGGAUUAUACCGCUAUAACACAUAUAUGCUACGAAUUCACUACUGUCGAUUUUCAGUACAUUGCUAUAUUGUGGAUCAUAUAUUUUUCUUAAAUAAUAUACUAACACUGUAUUGGAAUAUUGGGAGGUUUGAAUGCAGUUGUACUCAAUAUUCUGUGCAUUCGCGAUGUUGUAUUUAUUGCAGCAUAUGUGUCAUAAACUUAUAGCAUCAGGGUUGGAGAAGAGGAGACACCUACUUUUUUCUGUUUUCUUGCCACAUUUGGUAGUAAACAACGAACAUUCGAAGAAUUAUAAAACCGUAUCCUUACGAUUCCCAUGGACUGCUGUUAAUUGUUUAAAACUCGAUUAGGAUAUUCGGAUAUUAUGUGCUAAAGGUGUCCCAUCUUACCCCAGAGUACUUACUUGGAAAUGUCAUUCGAGCUUUUACAGUAUAACGAAAUGAUCAUAUAUUGCUAUUAUACAAUACAAA